GUCUGUCAGUCUGUCCCUGGAAUACACACAGUGUGUCAGUGAGUAAGUGUGUUUGUUCUUGGGAUUCUGCCCAUAGCCAGAGCAGACCAAAGGACCCACCACACCCUGGAUCCCACCCCCUGAGAGGAUCAAUCAGACGUUCAAGAAAUCAACAAACCCACAAACAAGCAGAGAGACAGACAACGGCCUGAAGGAGGGAUUAAGAGCCCGGUCAGCUAUUGACUUAGAACCAUACAUAGAACCCCCGGAGGCACUUCCUGCCUUCCUGCCUUCCUUCCUGCCUUCCUGCCUUCCUGCCUGCCUGCUGACUUAUUUGUCUGCUGACUUAUUUGUCUGCCCCUCUGUCGGAGGAAGCUAUUAUGCCCGUGGAGGAAAGCUGCAUCAUGAACGCCUGAUCUCGCUCGUUAGGCAAAUACGUCCACACCUCCCACACCUAGACGGUCAAGAGAGCCGUCUUUUUUCCCCUGGUGGACGUCAGCUCCCCCCGUCAAUUGAGCGAGCGAGCCCUUUGUGCCCUGCCCAAGUCACGGCUCCCAACCUCUCUUUGAUUCUCCAUCUUUCCAUCCCGAGCGGAACGCCCUCGCCCCGCUUUCGUCCUGUUGCCCUCGGCUUGCUUCCCUCGCCCGCGUCGCCCAUGGAGUUCCUUACCCCGGGCACCACGUGACCCGCCGGCCCCACCCCCCACCCAACGCGCCUCUGAUGACGCUAUGAUCAUGACCACGACCCACUCGACCCAGCGGCUAGCCUCGGCGCCCAUCACCGGCGUCUAUGGAGGUCGGACCGGUCGAUCAGGUGGCGGCGGCCCUUGGGUAUCGCGGAGUGCCUCGGUAGCAUCCACUUCAGCGGCCGCCGCUCAUCGGGGCCCGCUGCCCGCUGAGUGCUUGGCCGGUUCCGCCUCCUUAGCCUUUAAGUACGCCUCACUGCCGGGUCACGGUUCGCAAGCGGGCGGCGCGUCCUCGCUCGUUGGCUCGCGCCUGCCUUCGCUGAGUCCUCCGACGAGUGCUUCGCCACGUUUGGAUUCCAUGAGCUUCACACCUGAGGAGUUGGCUUCGCAACUCACCUUGCUGGAUUGUCCGGCCUUUCAAGCCAUCGCACCCGAAGAACUGGUGUCGUGUUCGUGGAACAAGAAGAACAAACUGGAAGUGGCGCCGAACGUAGUGGCCUUCAUCCGACGGUUCAACCACGUCGCCUUUUGGAGCACGCAAGAGAUUCUCCGGUACGAGUCUUCGGUCAAAGCUCGAGCCGAAGUCAUGGCCCAUUUUAUCCGGACCGCCAAGAAAUUACAAGAGCUCAACAACCUCAACGCUGAGUUCGCCAUUAUUUCGGCAUUGCAGAGCGCCUCGAUCUUCCGCCUGAGCAAGACUUGGUCGCACGUGCCUCGGAAGGAAAAGCAGACCUUUGAUAAGUUGGCCGAUCUGUUUUCCGAGCGGGACAACUUUGCCCGCUUACGCGACCAUAUGAACGCCAUCGCGCUCAAGCACGAUCCGUGUCUACCCUAUCUCGGCCUCUAUCUAACUGACCUGGUCUACAUCGACAUGGCUCACCCGCACUCGGGAGGGCUCGAAUCCCAGCAGAGACGAUUUAAAAUGAACAACAUUCUGAGGAUUGUGUCCGAAUUGCAGCAAUCGAAUUACUCCAAUUUGCCCGUCAUACCCAAGUGCCAGCAGUAUUUGAAAUCCAUCCAGUACAUCGACGAACUUCAAAAGUUCAUUGAAGAGGACCACUACAAAUUGUCCCUGAAGCUGGAACCCAAUCCCAACCAACAGCCCAACUCGGUGCCCAGCUCCUCUAGCUCAAAAGAAUCGGUUCAUUCGUUUCGUGACCCCGGGCUAAUGGCCGAAUUGAAUCUUUCCCCCGCCAAAGGGAAUUGUUGCAUUCGCUCAGUCAAACCCGCCUUCGUACCCGGUCAUCGAAAAUCAAGAUCUGACGGGGCCAAUAUCUUUCUGUCCUGUGGUGGAUCCGCCACCCAAAAUGACGAUGGGCCUCCAUGGUCGAAUUCGGGAACACUCUCCAGUGCGGAAUCAGAUGAGAGAUUCAAGCAUCAUCUGUUGGAUGAUUCGCUUUUGGAAGAACCGUUUCUAGGUGCCUCAUCCAAUCCUAGUCCGGAUGGAUUGUCUUAUGAUUUGUCAGAAAAAGCCACGUUGGCCGACACGAACACUGUGGCCACUGCCAAUAAUGCGCCUCUCGGUCCGGGCAGUCGAUGUUCGUUUCAGGGCUGCGUCAAGAGGAAGACCUUGAUCAAAGAAGGUCGUCGUCCUACCGUAUCUAGUUGGCAACGAUAUUGGCUCCAGAUCUGGGAGUCAGCCCUAGUGUUUUUCUUGCCCAAAACCCUUACCAAAGGAACAGAGCGCAAGGAUUUCAGGAGCGAGCCCUACAAAUUCAAGUCCAUCUUGGGAUGGAUCGUGAUGGUGGCUGAUACAACCACAGAUAAUCUUUCGUUUCAACUCACCGAUCCAUUUCAAAAGAGCGUCUACCGAUUUCGUGCACCCACCCCCGAAUUGGCUCGUACUUGGGUUCACUGUCUUCAUAUGAGCACCAAAGGCAUUGACCCAGAGGGUACUCCCAAAAACCUGAUCACGUUUGAGUAAUGGUGUUCCUUUUUGGGGGUCACCAUGUGAUCACCGGCAUUAAUCUCUGAUAAAUGCACUCACUCCCGAUAAGUUCGUUACGCCCCACUCCCUCCUUACGCUUCCUGAUUGUUCCCCAUAAAACACAAGCCAGUUUUCACGCGCAGUGAUUAAAUCACAAUCAACUUACGGGUUGCUAUUUCCCUUUUUUUCUUCCAAGUUUUUAGAUAAAACCAGCUUUAAUGUUUCGUUGGACCCCCAACAUCAAUAAAAGUAAUUCGCUAAGCUCCGUCAUCAAUCUUGAAGAUUUCUCGCGAUCUGAGGUGGUCUUUAGCUUGAUUUCGCAACAAGUUUCCCACGUGUCCAGAUAGAAAAAUAGCUUUGAGAUUAUUGCUAAAUGUCAUAGUGUUGUUUGACCAUUCAUCACUGAAAUUAAAAAUGAUACACCAUU